UGUCACCCCGGAAUUCCAAUCUGCUGGGCAGGCGCAUGAAGAUGCUGGUGAGGCGAUGGCUGAGCGGGUUAGAUGCGACACUCAGCACACAGUUGCUUACACAUUCCCAUCUCCGGGUGCCUCGAUCAUGCACGAGGGCUUCCCGGUUGUGGACUAUGCCUCAGCGAUCUUACCGCCGGGUGACCUUGCACGUAUGACCUCACAGGGGUUUCAGCCUCUCCUGGAGGAUUCCAUUCGGACCCAUGUUGAUGGACUUGCUAAGACCAUUGGGGCACUUUGGGCAGCCAACCAUUCUCAGGCAAAGCUCCAGCGUGAGGUUGAUGAAGUUAGAGCCGCCCUACAGGCUAGGGAGAAAGCUUUCUCCGAGUUGCAACUUUUGCAUGCAAGAGAGCGUGAAGAAGUGGCCAAGAAAGCGAUUCUCGAGUUCAAGGCCUCCGACGAAUUCCAGAAAACCAUAUCUGACAGGGUGGAAGCGAAGGAAUCUGACUUAGUAAAUAAAUGGCUGAAGACUGACGAGGGGGAGUACUGGCAUGCUCGUGAAGUUCUGUACGCCUUUCAGUGUGGCAAGUACUUGACGCAGCGUAAAUUGUAUGAUCAGUUGGAGGGUCUCGGCCCUGACUUCUAUCCAUCCGUGCUAGGCCUUCCUGCCCGCAUGAAGAAACCUGAGGCUGCAAUAGCCCUCUUGCCCCCAGGAGUCUACCGCCAGGAGGAGGAGUCCGGUAACUCGAACGAAUGGUGCUGGUUCUUUCCAAGACCUUCGGAGGACAUGGUCCCCCUUGCAUCCGG